AUGUCCACCCAACUCAGCAAGGCAUACACAGGCGAGGACGUGAAUGACCUAAAGUUCGACGUAGAGGCUCCAGAAGAACUUCCUAGUGAUGAAUUGGAGGAUGAAGACGAAGAGCCAGUCAAGAAUUCCCGUGGAAUGAUACUCCAUGCAGUAAUUGUGUCAUCCUUGGCUAUGAUUGGAUUAUAUGCUCUUACACUGGUCACCUUCGCUGGUACCACGCUGAUGACUGCCGCUUUCGUUGCUUUUGGAGUCGGCGGCUGUGUGAUGGUGGCGGAAGUUAAAUUGAGCAAGAUGGACACAUUCAGAACGAUUCACAAUAGAUUGCGAAAGGAUGUCAAUGUCUUUGCCGGGGAAAACGUGAAGCUCACAAAAGCCAACGAUGCGCUGAAUUUGCAAGUAUUCAUGUUGAAGGAGAACGAACAGCGUUUCCAAGCACUAGCCGCAGAACAGAAUUCAAAUGUCCAAGAUCUUGUAAAGCUUGUCAACGAAAAUCAAAAGGUUAUUGACGAAAAGAAAAAGUGCAUCCGUGACGAUAUUAUAGAGUCACUGAUCAGCACCGCGUUUGAAGGAGAAAGAAGUCAGGAUGGAGAGUUUUCUGACAGGGAAGUCAAGAGACUGGUUACUCGCCUGAAGAAUAUGCCCGCCGUGAAAAUCAAUGAAGAGAUUCUCUCGCAAGUUUUGGACACAGAUCGAUCAGUCCUCGCGCUCAUUGCGAUUAUUAGAGAUCUGGAUGUUGCAGGCGAACAAAUUGGCGACACAAUCUUUCUCAUCGAUGAGAACGAUCCUGCAUUGCUUGAAGACUUGACAGCUCAUAUGUAG